AUGAUGUACAACCACAGCUAUCGAGACCUGAUCAAAACCCUGCCAGUCUCCCAGGCAGAUGUUGACUUUUUCACCAAGAUGCCUUUUGUCCAUCCCUAUUUAAACACCUCCGGUCCAUAUCAGCUGGUCCCUUUCAUUACGCGAUAUGAUAAGGGUGACUUGUCCGACAUGUUCUUCAACAAAACGAUCAACACAUAUGACACCGUCCCACGGGUACUAGCUUUCAUGCGGAAGCCAGAUUCUUUGCAAAGCCCAGUUCAUGAUGAUGAGGAUAUUGAUCCAUUGCAACGUCUGGGAGAGCCACAUUUCGUCGCAUUUUGUCAGCUUGAGUCCGGUGUGAAUGGUUAUAUCAACACUGCUCACGGAGGUCUCCUGGCAUCCUUGCUAGACGAGAUACUAGGCCUUUGCGCCGAGACAUACCGGAUAUUUGCCUCGGAUGAACAAGCGCCUUUGCUUACGGCCGAUCUUCAGGUGUCAUACCGUUCACCCGUGCCCACCCCUAGUGUAAUUAUGAUCAAAUCAUGGAUGAGACGGAAGGAGGGUAGAAAGUGGUUCCUUGAAGCAAGGAUUUUGGACGAAAAUGGUUUACUCAAAGCAGAGGCAAAGUCCUUGUAUACUAGGCCACGAUCUGCAAUAUAG